AACUCCCAGCACACCCCCGGAGUACGGCGGGUGGGAAGGGUCACACCGCUCGCUGUCCCCGCAGUCAUGGCGGCCGGGCCUCCCCCGCCCUUGGAGCCCGUCCCGGUGCCGGUGUAUCGCGAUGAGGGCUUCAAGGAGAAGUUCCUGCGCAAGACACGCGAGAACCCGCUGGUGCCGCUCGGCUGCCUGUGCACCCUGGGCGUGCUGACAUACGGGCUCAUCAGCUUCAAGAGGGGCAACACGCGGCACUCGCAGCUCAUGAUGCGGGCUCGGGUGGCGGCUCAAGGCUUCACCCUGGCGGCGCUGCUGGGGGGAAUGGUGCUCACCGCAAUGAAGGCACGGAGCUGAGCGGGAGGAUGGAUGGAUGGAGGAUGAGACGGCUGCGGGGUUUGGAACCGGGGUCGGGGAUGCUGCACUUUGAAACGAGGCUAAUAGAGCUCUGUUUGACCUCA